CAGCCAGCAACAGAACAUCAGGGUCUGGACCGCUGACCCUGUGAGACUAGACCUGACUAGACCGAGUAUGGGGGGGCUGUGCCUUCAGGAGCUGCUGGGAAUCCUACAAAUCUCUAUAGGUGGAGAAACCUGUUAGCUGAUAUUCCAGACACCUUUGCCCCUUCUGCGUUUGCUCUGACACACCCAUUUUACACAACGUGGGUGUGUUAGAGCCGGUUACUCCAGUAUGUGUGUCAUAUGAGUGGAGGCAGCACACCGCCCAGCCAGGUCGCCGUGAAUUCCACCACUCACGGUACAACACGGUCGACCCCUGAAGCUGUCUUGUAGGCGAUACGUACUGUACUUUUGGAUUAGCAGCCUUCUUCGGUGAGGACUCGUGGACAUGGAUUGGGGAACGGCACUCUGGGACCAGCAUGAUGCGAUAGAGAAGCACACACAGUCAGGCCUGGACCUCGUGGAACGCUAUGUCAAGUUCGUCAAAGAGAGGACAGAGGUCGAGCAGAACUACACUAAACAGCUAAGGGUUCUGUGUAAAAAAUACUCCCGACGAGGAAGCAGAGAAGACCAGGAUAUGAAGUUUUCCAAUCACCAGAAGUUUCAGGACCUGGUGAUGGAGCUGAACAACUGCGCCACUCACCGAGAGGUCAUGGCGGAGAGCAUGAACCAGGGCAUCUGCAUGGAUCUCACCAAGUACCUGCAUGACAUCAAGCAGGAGAGAAGAAAUCAUCUGGGCGACAUAAGGAAGGCUCAGCAGAACCUGGAGGUCAGCUUCAAACAGCUGGAGAACAGCAAGAAACGUUUCGAGGAGAAAUGGAAAGAAGCAGAAAAAGCCAAUCAGCAAGCAGAGAGAAUCGAUCAAGACCCCAACUCCACCAAACUGGACGUAGACAAGGCCAAGCAGAGCGCACACCAGCGCGUUCACACGGCCGACGAGUUUAAGAACGAAUACGCCGUUCAGCUUCAGAAGUACAACAAGGAGCAGAACAGCUACUACCACACCGAGCUUCCUGCUAUACUCAACAAGCUGCAGCAGAUGGAGGAGAGGAGGAUCAGGAAGCUGGCGGAGAGAUACGGACUGAUGGCUGAUACUGAAAUCCACACGCUGCCCUCAAUCAGCAAGAGUCUGGAGAGGUUCAUCGCGUCCACCAUCAACACCGACGAGAAACAGGACUCUCUGACCCUCAUCGAGCAGCACAAAUCUGGAUGUGCGCCCCCUGCUGACGUGGAGUUUGAGGACUACAGUCAGGGCAUCAAACCCGCCGCCAUGGACAACACGCAUCACACACCUAAAGUCCGCAUCAAACUCUUCAAAAAAAAGCAGCCCGGCGCCACCGACAGAAACAUGCCCGCCCCGGUGGAGGAUUACUCCCACCUUCCCCUGGAUCAAAGAAAGAAGCGCCUGCAGGAGAAGAUCAGCGAGAUCAAUAAAGAGCUCCAAAAGGAGAAGGACCAGAGUGAGGCUCUGGAGAAAAUGAAGCGAGUGUAUGAACAGAACAGUCAGCUGGGAAACCCGGCCAGUCUGGAACCCGAAAUCAACCAGACCAGCCACAACAUCAGCCGACUAAAGGGGGAGCUGUCCAGAUACCAGACCUGGCUGAGCGAGGCUGAAGGCGCUAACGCUAACAUCUACCAGACCAGUCUGGAGGACUUCAGCGUGUGUGAUUUUCCGAGUCCCCCCGUCUCGGAUAACUUGUACGAGUUCGAUGACGACUUUGACGAGGACGCGCCCAUCGCUCAGUGUUUGGCACUCUACAACUUCAAUGGCAAUAGAGACGGGGAGGUCAGUAUGGAGGCUGGAGAUCAUCUCAACCUGAUAAAGGAGGACUCGGGCGACGGCUGGGUGAGGGUGAAGAAGACGGACGGAAGCGCCGGCUACGUCCCCGCGUCCUACAUUAAAACCAUCUAAGAGACAUCGUGAACGCGUUCGGUCCUGAUGCUGAGCUUACAGUAAAGUUAUUAAGGUGCUGAAACAGA